CUCCGACAAUUACAAUUACUUCCAACUCCAAGUACGGCCCUCACACACUUCACACUGUUACAGUACCACUUCACUUUCCGCACACUACUUUCCUUCCUUCCAAAUCCACCUACAUUUCUUCUCCGUUUGUCCUCCGCCGCCACCGCCGCCGCCGGAUUUACCUUUCCCGUUCUUUAAUUCCUUCUCACCGCAACGAAGAAAUGCCAAUAAGGAGUGAAUCAGCGACGCCGCCGCCGCCGCGGAUUGGGAAGAUCGGACCAUACACUGUGUUCGUGACACCUCCGGCGACGCCGAUUGCGUCUACGAAGGAGGAAUCGCCGCUUCAAAAGCCGAUCCAGCUCCCUUCGCCUCCACCGGUUAUGGCGCCGCCGGCGCAGUUUUACAAAGAGAAACCUUCUUCGUUCGGUUUCUUCUGGAAUACAGUGACCAAAGUUCAAAACGCGCACACGAGCUUGGACGAACAUGUGGCACACUGGUUUGGAUUGAAUCAAUCAAAAUAUCAGUGGGCGCUGGAUAAUUACUACGAGAGCAAUGGGAAGACCAAACAGGGAUUUUAAGUCACGAAUUUAAGUCAAGCAUCGAUCUCAUAAAAGCGGCGGAAAUGCAGUAAAAGGAUCCGCUUCGAAGCGGGUCUAAAUUUUAAUCUAAAGAAAGCUGGAAAGGAAAGCGGUAGAAAGUAAAGCGGUGGUGAGCGGGCGAGGUGCCAGCGAUGGAUGAGCGAAAGGGACAUGAGCGGAUGACACAACAUAUAUGUAUAUAGAUUGAGCGGCAGAGAUUGAAGGAGAGGUGUUGUGUCUGAAUUGUGCGUUACUCAAUGGCUAGGUUUUUCUGGAGGAAGUGAGAUAGUGGUGCUGGUGUUUAAGUGAACAUAUAUGUAUAAUACGGAAGCGGGAGAAGACGAUAAUAUAAAUAUAUAUAUCAAAUUAUAAGGAAUUUUUAUCGUUGGUACUUGACCUUAAGAGAUUUACAACAAUACUUCAAUGACGCCCAGAAUCAGAAUAUUAUAAUAAAUAAACCAUACUGUCACUAGAAGUUUCUGCGACCCAAUAGGCCACCGCCUAUGCCCCAUUAAUUAUCCCGAAUUAUGCCUCAUUAGUGACUUUACCCUUUUGUUACCUUCUUUUAAUCAAGAUUGAAUUCAAACUAGUAGUUAAGCAGGUCGACAAGGCUCCCAUGUACUCAACUACAUUGAACUACCUUGAAUCUGUUUGUGACAAAAGACAAGGCUUGA